UGAUUGCAGCAAUCAAUCUGAAAUCUGAAUCUAUCUCCACAAGUUCCCCGUCGUUGUCGCCUUUGAUUGAUGUUUAAUAGCCCUUCCAGAUUCGUAUUUGUACUGUCAUCAAUUUUACUCACCCAUUCCAUUAUUGUACUCUCUUCCUCUUCUGAUAUCACACCUUUUCACGCAAUUAGUCGUUACCGUUUGCCGACACGGACAUCAUACUCUCUGUCUCUCUGUCACUACCCCAGAGGGAGAGGUAACAAAACACAGAUUUUCCAGGUUGGGUUUGGGUUUGUUCUCCUAUUGGCUAUGAUCUUGAUUGGGUUCUGGGUCUGAGAAGUGGAAAAGGGUAAAGUUUCCAGGUUUUAGAGAUGAGGUUUAGAAGGAAGUCGGUGUUGUUCUUGUUGUUGGUGACGGUUCUUGCCCCCAUUGUGCUCUACACUGACACUCGAUUUAAUUCCUCUCCUUCUAGAGACGAAUUCAUUGAAGAAGUAUCCGCUUUUACAUUGGGUGGAGAAAUCCGGCCAUUAAAUGUGCUUCCGCAGGAGCCAAAUACAAUCACGAAAGAGCCAUUGGGCGUAGUGUAUUCUGAGGAUUCAAUAUUAUCCCAUUCCAAAGCCUCGGAUGGUCAGAGGAAUGAAAGUUCCCGCAAAACCAGACAACUGGCUGAAGAAAACGAAACGGGCAAUGUAUCCACUGGGAGAGCUGUUGUUGAUGAUCCCUUAAGACAGGUGACUGAAGAAGGGAACAAUACUGUGAAAUCUGACCACAUAUCCGAUGAUUCCUCUAGAACACUGGAAAGAAUACGUGAUCGGAAAAAUCUUCAGAACUUUGGUGGCAAUGAUUCUGGUGAGCAUGCCAGUAGUAAAACUGAGAAGCAGAGUGAACAAGUUGUUUUUACAGAUGCUCGUGUCCGCCAGCUUAGGGAUCAACUCAUCAGGGCAAAGGUCUAUCUUUCGCUCUCUGCAACAAGAAGUAAUCCUCACUUCAUAAGAGAACUCCGCCUUCGGAUUAAGGAAGUUGAGAAAACACUCGGAGAAGCUACAAAGGAUUCUGAUUUACCAAGAACUGCAAAUGACAAGAUGAAAGCAAUGGAGCAAACAUUGGUUAAAGGGAAACAAAUUCAAGAUGAUUGUGCUGCUUUUGUUAAGAAGUUGCGUGCUAUGCUUCACUCAACGGAAGAGCAGCUUCGAGUCCACAAGAAGCAAGCGUUAUUUUUAACCCAUCUAACGGCCAAAACACUUCCUAAGGGUCUUCAUUGUCUCCCUUUACGCCUUUCAACCGAAUAUUUCAAGCUAAAUUCCUCUCAACGGAAUUUCCCGAAUCAAGAGAAAUUGGAAAAUCCCGAGCUCUACCACUAUGCUAUCUUCUCAGAUAACAUAUUAGCAACGGCUGUUGUUGUUAACUCAACUGUGACCCAUGCCAAGGAUCCUUCGAAACAUGUUUUCCACAUAGUCACUGAUAGGCUCAAUUUUGCUGCAAUGAGGAUGUGGUUUUUGACAAACCAACCACACAAUGCUACAAUAGAAGUUCAAAGCGUUGAUGAUUUCACAUGGCUAAAUUCCAGUUACAGUCCAGUUAUCAAGCAAAUGGGCACUCCUUCCAUGAUUAGUUAUUACUUCAAGGCACGCCAUGCGGAUACUGAUUCGAAUAUGAAGUUCAGGAAUCCAAAGUACCUCUCGAUCAUGAAUCAUCUUCGUUUUUACAUGCCAGAGAUUUUUCCUAAACUGAACAAAGUUCUGUUCUUGGAUGAUGAUAUAGUGGUCCGAAAGGAUCUUACUGCCCUUUGGUCUCUUAAUCUGAAAGGUAAAGUUAUUGGCGUGGUUGAGACUUGUGGAGAAAGUUUCCAUCGUUUCGAUCGGUAUCUCAACUUCUCAAAUCCUCUGAUCUCCAAAAACUUUGACCCUCGUGCUUGCGGGUGGGCAUUUGGAAUGAAUAUCUUAGAUUUAGGUGAAUGGCGGAGGAGAAAUAUCACCGAGGUGUAUCAUUCAUGGCAGACCCUGAAUAAUGAUAGACAGUUGUGGAAGUUGGGAACCCUCCCGCCCGGUUUGAUUACCUUUUGGAAUCAUACAUAUGCUCUUGAUCGAUCCUGGCACGUCUUGGGCCUUGGCUACAAUCCCAAUGUAAGUCAGAAGGAUAUUGAAAGAGCGGCAGUGAUACACUAUAAUGGUAACUUGAAGCCUUGGCUUGAGAUUAGCAUCCCAAAGUUUCGAAAUUACUGGUCAAGAUUUAUCGACUAUGAUCAAGUAUUUUUGCGAGAGUGCAACCUUAAUUCUUUAAGCGGCAAUUGAAGUUUCUCUCAUUCAUCGUUUCAUUCUUAACUGCUGUCACCGUUUACUUUCCAGGUCCAUUCUCCUCUCUUCUCUUCUUUCGCCUUAGUGCACUCCCGAAUUUUCCUCUUUUUGGCGAGUCGAUUUUUUAGGUAUAUAUUUGGUACGUGGAGGAUUAGAGUUAGCGUGGUGAUAAUUUGUACUUGCGAUAUGUUUGUUAUGGUCAUUGUUUGGCUAAUGCUUAGGUGCCAACGUAUUUGUAAAUGAUUAAGCAGUCCAUUCUUUUUGUACUUUUGUUGUUUUAUACUCGAUUUAUCAGUAUACUUGUGGGCUUCUGAAGUCCGACAUCGUCUUCACAAGUAUUGAAAUGCCUUUUUGAGUUUUC